AUCUUUAAAAAAUUAUAUUCAAAAUGUUGCCGAAAUUUGUUAUAUUAUUGGCGCUGUUGUUAAAACUAGUAGCCGCUACUGGUUUCGGUGGUUUCGGCGGUGGCCAACAACAAGCGCAACAACAACAUGCACUGUAUGGAGGUUUGGGUGGUUUUGGAGGUUCCGCACAACAGCAGCAGCAACAACAGGCAGGGUUGGGUGGUUUUGGAGGAUUGGGUGCUCAGCAGCAGCAGCAGCAACAACAACAGGCAGCUCUAGCAAACGGUCUCGGAGGCUACGGUGCCGGAUUGGCAGCCCAACAACAACAGCAACAACAAGCAGGGUUGGGUGGUUUUGGAGGAUUGGGUGCUCAACAGCAGCAACAACAACAACAACAGGCAGCUCUGGCAAACGGUCUCGGAGGCUACGGUGCGGGACUGGCAGCUCAGCAACAACAACAGCAGCAACAACAAGCAGGGUUGGGUGGUUUUGGAGGAUUGGGUGCACAGCAGCAGCAGCAACAACAACAACAACAGGCAGCUCUGGCUAAUGGUCUCGGAGGCUACGGUGCGGGACUGGCAGCUCAGCAACAACAGCAACAACAAGCAGGGUUGGGUGGUUUUGGAGGAUUGGGCGCUCAGCAGCAGCAGCAACAACAACAGGCAGCUUCUGGCGCUUAUGGAGGUCUCGGUGGCUACGGUUUAGGACUGAGUGCCCAACAACAACAACAACAACAGCAACAACAAGCUGGGUUGGGUGGUUUCGGAGGGCUAGGAGGGCUAGGAGCUCAGCAGCAACAACAACAACAGUCAGCUAUUGGUGCUUAUGGAGGUCUCGGAGGUUAUGGUUUGAAUGCACAACAACAACAGCAGCAGCAACAACAACAAGCAGGGUUGGGUGGUUUUGGAGGACUUGGAGCUCAGCAACAGCAGCAGCAACAACAGGCAGCUAUUGGUGCUUAUGGAGGUCCCGGAGCCUAUGGUUUGAAUGCACAACAACAACAACAGCAACAACAACAAGCUGCAUUGAUGGGAUAAUAAUAAUAAUAAUAAAAAUUUUAAAACAU